CACAAGCCCGUGCUCAUACAGACUUUUGACCGUCCGCGCAGCUUCGAACUCUUCCACGAGGUCCGCGAGGCAAGCUCGUCGCCCACCCCUAUACACGAGAUGCUCCGGGAUCCGGCAAUCCUCUCCUCCCUGCUCUCGCACCGCAAGAAGCCCCGCAGCGGCUCCUCGGCCUCGCACACGCCACGCCUCGCCACGGCGGGGGACGACAUGCUCAAGCCCGAGCCAAAGAAGGAACGCGAUCGGGAUCGCGACAAAGACCGAGAGCGCGAACGAGAUCGAGAGCGGGACCGGGACUCGCGCACGAUCGACACGGCGUCAACGACGUCAACAGUGAAGCCGCGCAAGAAGGACAGGGACCGGGACCGCGAGUCGGACAGCGCGACGAUCCUCACGCACGUCCUCGCGGAAGAAGAAAGGCAGGCGCGGCACCUCAAGGCCGUCCUCCGGCAGACGGGCGCGCGGCUGGAGGAGGAGCUGCGCCGCGCGGACCUCGCCGAGUCGCGCGCGCGCACGGCGGAGAUCAACGUGUCCGAGCUCACGCAGCGGCUCGCGAGCUCGGAGGCGGCGCGGCACCAGCUCGAGCUCGACGCGACGCGGGCGCAGGAGGAGUGCAGGAGGUGGCAGAUGCAGGCGGACGCGGCGGAGCGGGAGGCGAGGCGGCUGCAGACGGAGCUCGCGAGGUCGGAGAGGGCGAGGCAGGAUGUGGAGCAGGCGGAGAAGGAGGCGAGGGGCGCGGCGAGGAGGGCGGAGCAGACGCUGAGGGAGUGGAAGGCGAGGGAGGAGGGGCGCGAGGAAGUCAGGAGGUUGGAGGUGCGGAGGAGGUAUAGCGAUGGGCGGGAUGAGGGCUUCGAGGACGGCCGGGCGGAGGGAUACGAGGCGGGUCAUGAGGACGGCUAUGAGCAGGGGCGCAACGAGGGGUACGAGAACGGGAGGAGCGAGGGCUUCGAUGCUGGUCGACUCGCC